UUAACACUAACCUCAAGUAAUAUAACAACAGAGUUAAGUAUAUAUGUACUAUACACCCUAUACGAACAAAACAAUUGGGAGUCUCGUACUUAAGUAAUCAUUUUCUUUAAAAUUAUUUAUGACCACAAUUACAUAGUAGGACAAGUCAUAUAACAAAAGGAGGAACUUGAUUAUAUUUACUGAAUUAAAAAGUAGGUCAAAAUGAGUAGAGUAUCACCUUACCAGUGUCCAAAUGAAACAACGACGCUUGGAUACGCAUCGACCACCGAGCGAGUCUCAUCGAUGCGAUGGUUACAAGAACUGUCGCAUUGACGGCACGGAUGAAUUAGAUUGCCCUCCAACAAUUUCAAGGCCUGCCUCUUCGGUGUACAGUUCAAUGGUAUUCUUUGCCUUCUUCCUCGUAUGUGCCGUGCUGUUGGCCAAAUAUUGCGUCAGUGCAACCAGACGGCGCAACAUAAGAAACACGCGGGUUUUACAUACUAGUCCAACAAAUGACACAACAGAACCAGCUUCCUCGCAUGAACUUGACGACCGAAUGGAGACAGGGCGUGUAUUUGACUAUACAAAUGACUUGAGUUAUAUGCCACCAUCAAUAAUACGCCAGUCUAAUAUGGCUGGGAGGGCGAUAUCUGCGUCGGCAAAUGGAAAUAUCCCCCUUCCUCCAAAAUACGAGGACAUUGACUUUUCAAAACCAGAAAAUUCAGAUAAUGACAGAACCCCUGUACAAGUUCCCCAACCCCCGCCAUAUGAAGCGGGUACAACUUCUAUUGGCGCACUGCGACGUUCCACUGCGUCACCAGUAGAUACACUGACGCCAGUAGAGGUACCACCGCCUUACGAAGCGGGCAUAUCAUCAGGAACUACAGUACCGCUGCAAACAGUCGCAUCAGCGUCUGUAUUGUCACAUUCUUCGGGAAGAGCCGAUGCAUCGGUAGCUACAUUGCCACAACAGGCUCCAACAGUAGCCGCUUCACUGCCAGCUGCAGAUAACUCCGCCAUGGCAUCGGGGGUGGUACAAACUAGCUCACAUCCAGAUACUACCUCGCAUGGGUCAUCACAUGCAUGCGCCACUCCAAAUAAUAAUGACUCCGAAUCGAGUGUACAAAAUGAAAGUAGGAAGAAUCCAAAUUCGUCUAUCCGAAAUUGUAAUAUGCCUUCUGCACAAGUUCUUCCUCAUAAUAACACAAACGGACAAUCUUGUCACCAGAGUGACAACCAACGACCACCACAAAACACAGAUCGAAGUGCAACACAAACUUCCUCAGAAACAAUUGAAGGAUUUGAACAAUCGCCAAAUGAUAGGAGGCGAUAGUCUCCGUAUGUCAGAGUUAAAAGACAAUAGAACCAAGAAUGAAACCUUGCUCAAUUUCGCUCAAACACAAUGACCGAUCCACUGGCAGUGAUGAGUACCACGUUUGCUUUUCGAAGGGUUAUGUUUUUGCACAGCCAUGUCGGACAAUCCUCAGGGUUUUCUAAGCAUCUAACCAUGAACAAAUAUUGGCAUCCCACGUGAAGCGGGCCUGAAGCCACCGACUCGGCGAUUAGACAUGAAGUAGGAGCAUCUUUCUCUGACCACAGGGGAAACAAGACAUCAUGCAUCCGCCAUCAUAUCUUCCAAAGAGGAUGCAUGAGUCGAGUAAAACUUGCCCACUUAUCAAUUUUUU